UUUGACGCCGGUCGGGGAAGGGGAAAGAGAAAGAGCAGAGAGAAGGGACGAGCUUGCCACUCAGCGUGCAUCGUCGCCGCGUGUCCUGAAAACCCUCCGAAAACCCCUAGCGAAACCUGUGCAGCGCGCAUAAGAAACAAGAUGUAUCUCUCUCCUGCUCCUCCUCCGCAUCUCGCUUCGGUUAAGCUCCAUGGCGUCGCCGGCCCAAAGGUUUUUUGGAGGAAAUUUGGAGUUCAUUGCUGUUCCCUGAAAAUAAAAGAAGCGACGAGCUACAUUCCCACAGCUCCAAUUUUUCUCCCGGAUGGACCGUGGAAGCAGAUCCCUGGAGGGGUUACUGCUGCAGAGGGAUUCAGAGCUGCUGGCAUAUUUGGUGGUUUACGUGCCAAAGGAGAAAAACCCGAUCUAGCACUUGUCGUUUGUGAUGUCGAUGCCAUGUCAGCAGGGUCGUUCACUACAAACAUAGUUGCAGCAGCACCUGUUGUGUACUGCAGAAACACAUUAGAAACGUCGAGAACUGCACGUGCAGUGUUGAUAAAUGCUGGUCAAGCCAAUGCAGCAACUGGAGAUGCUGGUUACCAGGACGUGAUAGAUUGUGUAAAAUCUCUUGCUGAACGGCUUCAAGUAAGUCCUGAGGAGAUUUUGGUUGAAUCCACUGGUGUAAUAGGUCAACGAAUUAAGAAGGAUGCUCUUCUCUAUUCGCUUCCAGAUUUGGUUAAUUCGCUAUCACCAACUACUGAAGGUGCAGACUCUGCAGCCGUUGCAAUAACAACAACUGACCUUGUGAGUAAGAGUGUUGCCGUUGAGGUUAAGGUUGGUGGGACAAAUGUUAGAGUUGGUGGAAUGGCAAAAGGUUCUGGAAUGAUCCACCCAAAUAUGGCUACCAUGCUUGGUGUCGUGACAACUGAUGCUCUAGUCACAAGUGAUGUUUGGAGAACGAUGGUGCGGAUUGCUGUGGACCGGAGUUUCAACCAAAUUACUGUAGAUGGAGAUACCAGUACCAAUGAUACUGUCAUUGCUUUGGCUAGUGGCUUAUCUGGAUCACACAGGAUAUCUUCUUUGGACUGUGAUGAGGCAAUGCAACUUCAAGCAUGCCUUGAUGGGGUGAUGCAAGGUCUUGCUAAAUCAAUAGCAUGGGAUGGAGAAGGAGCGACGUGCUUAAUUGAGGUCAAUGUGACUGGUGCCAACAGUGAGGCUGAAGCAGCAAAAAUUGCACGGGCAGUUGCAUCUUCAUCUCUUGUUAAGGCUGCUGUAUAUGGAAGAGAUCCGAACUGGGGACGCAUUGCUUGUGCUGUUGGCUAUGCUGGAGUUCCAUUUCAGUUAAAUAAGCUCCGUAUAAUACUUGGUGACAUUCUUUUAAUGAAUGGUGGACAGCCACAAUCAUUCAACAGGGAUGUGGCCAGCAACUAUCUCAGGAAGGCUGGUGAGAUCCAUGGUUCAGUUGGAAUUCAAAUCUCUGUUGGUGAUGGACCAGGGAGUGGGAAGGCAUGGGGCUGCGAUUUGAGCUACGAUUAUGUGAAAAUAAAUGCCGAAUACACGACUUAGAACAGACGACAUCCAUUCGUCACCUUGUUGGUCUGCUAGUACUAAAACUAUUUAGUGCUUCUAUAGCUAAGGUUGUACAAGGUUGAUACGAUUGCGGGUUUAUCAUUCAGCUUCGUUGUUUUGAUGCAAAUCGACUUUAAUCACUUUCAUAAAGUGGUCAUAAACCCUGUAAUAGGGAUAGUAAUUCAUGAGCAGAUUGGCUAGCAAAUCACGCCCUUUGUUUGUUCUA